AUUCUCUUCGCCCUCUUCGAAUUACCCCAAUGCUCUUACGCCCCUCCCUCCACAAUCUCUCGCACCACAGUAGGUUCGACUACUGGGGCUUGGAGGCACAGAGCAGCGGGGGCACUCUACGGAUAUUGCCAUCGCGUUCGUUAAUGUCGACUUCAAUCUGUUUGUCAUUGGAAACCCGCCUUCGCCACAGAUUGACCCAAUGGCCCGCGGAAGAACCCCCGACAAUUUCUCGUGGGUUCAGCAUGGAUGUCACUCUCGAGCCUUUAUGAACAGCAUGCUGGCUAGUCGGUCCUUACCACAGUCCAUUGAAACGCAUCGAUGACCAGCAAUCCCACAGCACACGAUUGACGAUUGCCACCUCCCAUCAUGUCUGUUUUCUUCAAGGACAUCUCCACGGACAAUCCCGUUCAGAAAGGCGACGUCGAGAAGCUGCUCGAGCCGCUCGGUUUGACGAUCAAGACCGAGGAGUCGGCCGACUACCAGAGACUACUUGCUGCGGUUCACGAUUGCGCUACCCGUAUCGACAGCCUUCCGGACUACCAGCCGGUCCCCGACACGAAACGAUAUCCUCGAGAGAAUGUACACAUUCCCACGGCAGAAGAGCAAGAGUUUGGGCACGCUUGGGCACAUCGGUUCUUGAUCAGGGGAGACAAGUCAGCUCCUGGCCCGUCUCGGGUAUGCCUGAAAGGAAAGACUGUAUGCUUGAAGGAUUGCAUUGCCGUAGCAGGCGUUCCGCAAUUCUUCGGCAGCGAUGCUUUUCCUCCUUGGACGCCAUCGACGGAUGCAACGGUGGUGACACGAGUGCUGGAUGCCGGAGCCGACAUUAUGGGGACUGCCACGUGUGAGCACUUUUGCAACUCCACAGCAUCUUUCACCAGCGCGCAGGGCACAAUCGAGAAUCCCUACAAAGAAGGCUACUCCACCGGUGGCAGUACCUCCGGGGGCGCCGCCCUUGUUUGUUCCGGAAAGAUCGAUAUCGCGCUAGGCACAGAUCAAGGCGGCAGUAUCCGGGUUCCAGCUUCAUUUUGCGGCUGCGUCGGUGUGAAGCCAACUCAUGGGUUGGUGCCUUUCACGGGGAUAACAAGCGGCGAUGCUAUUGAUGACCAUGCAGGGCCCAUUUGCCGCUCGGUGACAGAAGCUGCCGGGUGUCUCGAUGUGAUCUCCGGAUACGACGGCAUCGACGAUAAAUCUCUAGGCGCUGCGGCUCACGGCUCCUACAACUUCUCGGGUGCUCUGUCAGGGAGUUCCGGUCGUUUGGACGGAAUGAAGAUUGGUCUUUUGAGGGAGGGCUUUGACCAAGAGAUUGUUGACCCCAAAGUCAGAGAACACGUCCUUUCGGCAGCCCGGAAACUGGAGUCUCUGGGGGCAAUCGUCGAGCCUGUAUCCGUCCCUCUCCAUCUGGAAGGCCCUUCAAUAUGGACGAUACAACAACGUAUUGCGGGCUCUUCGGGUAUUCUGGGGAGAGCUUCGGGACAUAGAGGUCUUGGCCUGACUGAGUUUGAAAAGGCACGGCUGCCCUGGGCUGACUCGAGCUUUCAAAAGCUUUUCCCCUCCACAAAGAACACCUUUAUCAACGGCUUGUAUCUCUCAGACAAGUUCCCGGGUCUCUACAGCAAAACAGUCAACAUCGGUCGGCAGAUCAGCGACGCCUACCAGAGCAAAUUCCAAACGUACGAUGCAAUAAUCAUGCCAACGACCCCUUUUGUGGCACCACGACAUGGGCCUCGAGACUCCGUGUUGGGUUCAUUUGAACCCACCAUAGGAUUGACCACCAACACCGCCGUAUUCAACGUUACUGGACAUCCAGCAAUGUCAAUACCCGUCGGAUUUGUCGCCGCAAAAGAUGACGCCCAGGUCUUACUUCCUGUAGGUAUGCAAAUUGUCGGAGGGCUAUGGCAAGAGAAGAAGAUCCUCACCAUUGCACAUGCAUGGGAGACAAACUUUGACUGGAAGAGCGCCACGAGCAUCGCCGAAGCUCCUGAACCUAUUCCUGAGACUCUAACAACGGGCUCGAAUGGCAAACUCAAUGGCAGGACGAUGCCUGAGGUGAACGGCACGACUUCACCAAGUCUUAAGCGCGUGAAGUUGGCCGUGUGAGACCCUCACGAGAACAGGCCAAAAGAGCCACAUUCAAAGUGCCAUCUAGGUUUGGAGUCUACCUUACGACGCGAGAGGUUUAGUUUUUAUAGUCUCAAGGUAUCUAUCAUGAAAUAGAAGUACGUCGUCGGGAAUUCUCACGCCAUAUCACCCCAUGCCUCGAUCUCAAGGACUUAAUUGCCUACUUCUAUGCCAUACACACACAGUGAUACACACAUACACACACUCUCACUCGCUCUUUGACCACGGUUGUGUGCUUGGCCCGCCACGUGUCGCCUAGUUCUCCAGCAGUUCCGCAUUUGAUACACAGAGCUCAGUCAAGCACUUCUGGGAAUGAACGCUUGCGGCUCAAUUUUUCCCAACAAAGGAGAGACCGGCUCGGUA